UAAAACAGCAUAAAAUCAGAAAUCCUUUUGUUUUUGUGAGUCUCCUUUGUUCGACUACCUCGUUCCCUUUGGUGUGCUGUGUUUGGGUUUGACGCUGUUUUCUGUUAUUGUUGUUUGAAUGCAGAGGACAAAAAAGAGCAAUGAUAUACACAGCAAUUGACACGUUCUACCUUACGGAAGAGCAGUUAGCAAACUCACCUUCUAGAAAAGAUGGCAUAGAUGAAGCCACCGAGACCACCCUUAGAAUCUAUGGCUGUGAUCUUGUUCAAGAAAGUGGCAUUUUGCUCAGAUUGCCACAAGCAGUCAUGGCUACUGGGCAGGUUCUAUUUCAUCGGUUCUAUUGCAAGAAGUCGUUUGCACGGUUCAAUGUUAAGAAAGUUGCUGCAAGCUGUGUAUGGUUGGCUUCAAAACUGGAGGAAAAUCCUAGAAAAGCCAGACAAGUAAUUAUUGUUUUUCACAGGAUGGAGUGCAGGAGGGAGAACUUUCCUAUGGAACAUUUAGACUUGUAUUCUAAGAAAUAUGUUGAUCUGAAAAUGGAGUUGAGUAGAACAGAAAGACAUAUUUUGAAAGAGAUGGGGUUCAUUUGUCAUGUUGAACAUCCCCACAAGUUUAUAUCAAAUUAUCUCGCUACCCUUGAAACACCUCCAGAAUUGAGGCAAGAAGCUUGGAAUCUGGCUAAUGAUAGUUUGAGAACUACAUUGUGUGUUCGAUUUAAGAGUGAGGUGGUGGCUUGUGGAGUUGUAUAUGCUGCUGCUCGGAGGUUCCAUGUACCCCUCCCUGAGAACCCACCAUGGUGGAAGGCAUUUGAUGGGGAGAAAUCUGGGAUUGAUGAAGUCUGCAGGGUUCUGGCUCAUCUUUAUAGCCUUCCAAAGGCACAAUAUAUACCAGUCUGCAAAGACGGGGAUUUUACAUUCUCCAACAAAUCAGUGGAAUCAAAGUCUCAAUCAACACCAAAGGAUGUUCUACAACAUAGUCCACCAGCUGAUACUGACACCUCUAUGCCAAAGGGUCCUCAAGGAGAAGCUAACAUUGAAUCCAUUGGUGGCAAGGAUGCUAUGGUUAAGGUAGCCAUUGAUAAACUGAAAGAUUCUAAAAGGUCUGAUGAUGAAUCGAAAGGCAUGUCUACGGACGGAGAGACAAAAGAGGAACACAUGCUGAAGUCCAAGUCUGAGCGUAAAACUGAGGUCAUUGGUGAGACACGCAGGGACAGGGAUAGGGACCGAGAUAGGGACAGGGAAAGAGACAGAGAUAGGGACAGGGACAGAACAAAAUCCAGAGAUAGGGAUCGAGGAAGGGAUUCAGACAAAGAACGAGAGGGUCACCGUUCUAGGGAGAGAGCAAAGGACUCAGGACAUUCAGAGAAGUCAAAACGCCAUUCAUCACACGAUCGGGAUUACCACGGUUCUUACUCAUCAAGGGAGAAAGAUCGACAUAGACAUCAUUGACAUUAUUUUUCUUACUUGUUGAGGGGAAAGAUCGACCUACGUUGACAUUAUUUAGAACAUCUUCGAAGAUUAAGUGCUUGGAUAACGUCGGGAUUGCUGUCAAUACUAUGUAUUUACGUAAACAUUAUGUCUAAAUGUUUGUAGUCAUUUGUACGUGUAUAAACACUUAUGUAUAAUUGAUUUUAGUCCAACAGUUAAAUCAUUUGUAUAAGUUGAAUGUAUUUUUGACCGGUUCUGAAUUAGUCA